GUGCAAAGUAUGGCUUCCAUUUUACCUGCUUCUAAUAGAUCCAUGAGACCUGACACGAGUACAUAUGAAGGAAAAAGGUCUGUGUACGUUAAGAAUCCUUACCUGGAUGCUAUGGAUGAAGACAUACUCUAUCACUUGGAUUUAGGAACCAAAACACACAACCUACCAGCAAUGUUUGGUGAUGUAAAGUUUGUCUGCGUUGGUGGUAGCCCCAACAGAAUGAAAGCCUUUGCAUUGUUUAUGCACAAAGAGCUCCGGUUGGAGGGAGAUGGAGAGGCCAUUGAAGACAUCUGUGCGGGGACAGACCGAUACUGCAUGUUCAAAACAGGCCCUGUGCUCUCCAUCAGUCACGGGAUGGGCAUCCCCUCCAUUUCUAUCAUGCUGCACGAACUCAUCAAACUACUCCACCACGCACGCUGCUGUGAUGUCACCAUCAUCAGAAUGGGAACCUCAGGGGGAAUUGGGAUUGCCCCGGGGUCUGUUGUAAUAACAGAUACAGCUGUAGACUCCUUCUUCAAGCCUCGGUUUGAGCAGGUCAUCUUGGACAACGUGGUCACCCGAAGCACUGAACUUGACAAGGAACUGGCUGAUGAUUUGCUCAACUGUAGCCGAGAAAUCCCCAACUUCCCGACCCUCAUCGGACACACGAUGUGCACCUAUGAUUUUUAUGAAGGCCAAGGUCGUCUAGACGGAGCGUUAUGUUCCUUCUCGAGAGAGAAGAAGCUGGACUUCCUGAAGAGAGCAUACAAAGCUGGAGUCAGGAACAUCGAGAUGGAAUCGACGGUGUUCGCUGCCAUGUGUAGACUGUGUGGUCUGAAAGCUGCUGUGGUCUGUGUGACACUUCUUGACAGACUCGAGAGUGACCAAAUCAAUCUGUCCCAUGAUGUCCUCGUGGAGCACCAGCGACGGCCACAGGCCCUAAUCUCAAAUUUCAUCAAAAAACAGCUUGGACUUUGUGACCAGAUGCCAUAACUCAGAAUUCUGCCCCUCUCCUGAGAGUUGGUACAUGGAGUCACAAUGCUGAAGACAUGUGUUGUUCAUAACAUUUUUAUGUCAUUCUCAUCCUUGGGCUAAAAUCAUAAAAGAUUUUAUGAAAUCCUUUAUCUUAAAGUUGAAUUUAUUGCAAGGGAGUUUAAUACCCGUGUGAAAUUAAGUUCGAAUUCCAUUUUGGAACGAGUUAACUAAAGCAGUCUGAUAAUUAAUAUUUUAAACUCAUGAAUUGUGACACUUGGAGUUUCAUAUGUAGCAUUAAUUAAGCCUACAUCAACAUGGAUCAGGCAAUUGUAAAUGGUGACCAGUUUCUUGCUGAAGCAGACCGAGAAGUGGAUGGUAGGGUGUUGUCAGCACUUCUAGGUGUUGGACAAGUGACAAAAAUUGAGCACACACAUUCAAAACAUUUACAAAAAUGUGCCAGUGUGAUAUAGGUCUGUAUGAAUUACCCUCAGGGAAAUAUGG